AUGGCGGUUUAUGAAGGUCAUGUAGCAAAGCGUCAAAAAACUGAAAAUAAUGGCUAUGGAAUGAACCAAGGAGGAAAAGAUAAAUUUAUGGAAGAUCCUCGCAAACUAUCACCAUCACCCGUGGUGCAUGUCCGUGGUCUAUCUGAGACUGUGGCAGAGCAAGAUUUGGUUGAUACAUUGCAAACCUUCGCGUGCAUUAGUAAUGUUACCAUGAUGCCAAAGAAAAGACAGGCUCUGGUUGAAUUUGAGGCUAUAGCCGGAGCGACUGAGUGUGGAAACUAUGUACAGUCCAAUCAACUUUAUGUUAGUGGUCACCCUGCUUUCUUUAAUUUCUCUACCAGUCAGAAGAUCCAGAGACCAGGUAGCCCAGAAGAUAUGCGGACUGCAAACCAUAUUUUACUCUUUACCAUGUUAAAUCCACAAUAUCCGAUCAUUGUGGAAGUGAUGCAUACAAUCAGUUCUCCAUAUGGGCAAGUACAACGAAUUGUUAUCUUCGAAAAGAAUAGUGUCCAAGCAAUGGUUGAAUUUGAAAGUGUAAAACGUGCAAAGCAGGCUCUGCACGGUGCAGACAUUUAUACUUGUUGCUGUACACUCAAGAUUGAAUAA